CGCUGUGAAUACACGACACGCUUCGCAGUCUUUUCCUUCCCGCGAAAAUACGUAUGUUGCGAAAAUUUUAAAAAAGGAACUUUUGUGUUGCGUUUUUUUUUUAUUUGAACUGAAUUAAGUUCGGGAUUGUUUUGUGAUUGCAAUUUUAUGAAUGAAAACUUUUUGAUAUUGAACACUUGAAGAGUAUGACUUAUAGAAUGAAUAAUAUUUCGCUUAACUACUAAACUACGAAAAAAACUACGUGGAAUUGGAAGAAACAGCAUGAAAAGCAAAUAUCUUCAAGUUAGAAGUAAAAGUCUUAAACAGUACCACAUAUACCAUCAUGAUAGUACCAAUAAACCCAGACGGCUUAUGAUGCUAAAUUAAAUAGACAAACAAAUUAUGCAGAACGAAUGGACAGCGAAUGAAACGUGGUACAAUUACAACAUCAGCGCUUCCAGCAAUAACAGCCAAAAUGAUAAUAUCACAUCAAUGCCAGACCCAAUCGAGGAUAAAGUGAUUCAAGCCGCUUUUUGUACAGCUUACACGAUUAUUUUCGUAGUUGGUAUCUUCGGUAAUGCCCUUGUUUGCUAUGCGGUAAUCAGAAACCGAGCCAUGCAAACCGUCACUAAUCUAUUUAUCACGAACCUCGCCUUGUCUGACAUAUUACUUUGUGUAUUUGCUGUACCAUUUACUCCUCUUUACACUUUCUUGGGUAGAUGGGUCUUCGGCGGCUUGCUUUGCCAUAUUAUGCCUUACGCACAAGGAUGCAGCGUUUAUAUUUCAACUUUAACACUAACGUCUAUAGCUAUUGAUAGAUUCUUCGUGAUAAUAUAUCCAUUUAAACCUAGAAUGAAAAUUAAGACAUGUAUUGGUCUCAUUGUUUUCAUUUGGGUAUUCGCACUAUCAGUAACUUUCCCUUACGGUUAUUACAUGGCACUUCAAGAUGUUUUUUGCGCGGAAAAAUGGCCCUCGGAUCAGAUCCGAAAGGCGUUUGGAGCAGUUACGACUAUCAUGCAAUUUGUUUUACCGUUUAUCGUUAUGGCAUUUUGUUACACUUGCGUUAGUAUAAAAUUAAACGAUCGACUUAAGUCCAGACCUGGCAGUAAGAAUAGUAAAAAAGAAGACGCGGAAAGAGAAAGGAAGAGACGAACAAAUAGAAUGCUAAUAGCGAUGGUCGCGAUAUUUGGUCUGUCGUGGCUGCCUUUGAAUUUGAUUAACAUAAGUAGUGACUUUUACUCCUUCGCUGAAGACUGGAGAUACUACAUGGUGUUAUUCUUCAUAGCACAUUUUAUAGCAAUGUCUUCCACUUGUUACAAUCCAUUCCUUUACGCGUGGUUAAAUGAAAACUUCCGCAAGGAGUUCAAGCAGAUACUUCCUUGUCUUGGAGCGUUCGUAACAAAAAAACCGAAGAGAAAUUUCAACCAAUCCGAGAGAACAGGGAUGUAUCGUUCAGAAAAAACCUGCAAUGGAAACGAUACGAUCCAGGAGUCGUUGUUAACUUCCACUGUAACGAAACCUUCAGUUAGAUAUAAAAUAGAGUUUAAUGAAAAAUUGAAGGUAUAUGAAGAUGAUGGUGAAAACAUAAGUCCAGAUGAAAAACCAGAGGACAAACCUAGUCCAAAUGAAGACUGUGUUAAAAUGUAUAUGUUUGUAAACAAGACCAUGGCGACAUCAGAUAAGGAGCCGAUUGUUUCUGCUCUUUAACUUUAAGUAUUGCCAUGGAAGCGAAUUAAGAACACGAAGCCAUUAAAUGCGUCUAAUCAUCACCAGCUUUAAGCUAUAAGUAAUGUAAAAUAUAAACGUAGUUUCAUAUUAAAUAAAUAUUAAUAUAUAACAAUUAAAAUUAAUGUAACAAUGUAAGGAUAGUUAAUCAUGUCAUUCGAUGUUCACCCUUAAAUGUAUUUAGUACUAGGUCGAAAAUUGUAUAUUUCUGUAAAUAAAAUAUAUAAAAAAGCAUUUACGUCAAUUAUGUUCUGAGGAACUGUGAGCCCAUUGGCGGAUUUGCUUUUUGUUUAGAAUUUAACGUUAGUGUAAAUUAUUUUUUUAAAUAUUCUCAAAGGAUUGUUUAGAAUUAUCAUAAGAUGCCUUGUAAUUAACUAAUGUGUCAAUGAUGGAUGAAACUUGUGCAAUUCGCUGUCAUUAUAUUAAUAAAGUGUACCAAAGAUUA